AUGAAUGAAGCAAGAGUGUGGAACUGUAAGAGUUCAACUUUUUGUCUAUCAGAUAGAGAGUUUAAGAAUCCUGCUUUGAGUUUAGAGAAAUCACUGUCUUCUGGUGCGAAAAUUGUUAAGCCUCCUGAACCUGAUGAUGAUGAUACUAGCUGUGAGUUGAGUUGGUUGAUUAAUUGUGUUGUUUUGAGAAGACGAAUUAGGACGGAGAAUCUCUUUGCUUUUUGGAGGAUGUUGAUUAUGUCAAUGGUAGGUCCUUUUGGGAUGAGGGGUGAUGGUGCACCAGUUGGUGUUGUCGGUACAAGUGGAACUGUGUUUAGUCCUGGUGAUGGUGCUGUUGCUGUUGUUACCGGUAAAGGCGGUGAUAUUGUGGUUGAUGGUAAUGGUGGUGAUGAUGUUGUUGUUGUUGGAGGUUGA